AUGUUACAAACUAAGCUAAGAUUACCCCCAUUACCUAGUGUUAGAGAUUUAGUUAAGCUCUAUAGGUUAAGAGCUAUUAAGCAACUCUCCCAAAAUUUCUUAUUGGAUGAAAGAAUUACAGAUAAAUUUGUUAGGGCUGCGGGAAAUGUUAGGGAUCAUUAUGUAUGUGAAGUUGGCCCUGGUCCAGGAAGUAUCACUAGGUCUAUUGUCAAAAAGGCUCCAAAGAAACUCAUUGUAGUUGAGAAAGAUUCUCGCUUUGUUCCUUCUUUGGAAUUACUUCAGGAAUCUUGCAAACCAUACACAGAUAUGCACAUUGAGGUCGGUGAUAUUUUAACUUAUAACCUCGAACAUGGGCUUAUAGGGGCUCAAAAUGUUCCUUGGCACUAUGAUACUUUGUCACCAAUACACUUAAUAGGAAACCUGCCCUUUAGUAUAUCAACUGCUUUAAUUAUAAAAUGGUUGGAACAUAUUUCCCAGAAAUCAUCUGCAUGGACCUAUGGUAGAACCCCUAUGACUUUAACCUUCCAGAAAGAAGUAGGUGAAAGGAUGAUUGCUAAUAAUAAUGAAAAACAAAGAUGCAGACUUUCAGUUAUGUGCCAAUUGUGGUGUAAUGUUGAAUAUAAAUUCACUAUUCCUGGAACAGCUUUUGUUCCAAAACCAGAUGUUGAUGUUGCAGUGGUCACUUUGGUACCUUUAAAAAAACCUCUUAUUGAUAUCGCUUUUAAAACAGUUGAGAAAGUUGUAAGAGCGAUUUUUAAUACAAGACAAAAGUACUGCAUUAGGGGUAUAGAAAGAUUGUUUCCAGAGCCAAAACAAGAAAAAUUAAGCAAAACAUUAUUGUUACUUUCGGAAGUGAAGCCAACUGCCAGACCCUUUCAACUUACUAAUGAAGAAUUUGUCAGGAUUUGCUAUGCCUACAAGUGUCUUUGUGAUGAACAUCCACACUUGGAGGAGUAUGAUUUUAGGAUGCCCAAAGCUAUGUUGGAAGACUAUAUGAAGAAGUUUCAGAGUUGUAACCCAUAGUUUUAUUUUUCUGUUAUAGUAGUGUUUAAUAAAGUUUUUCAAUAACUGAAGAA